CGUUUCCUGGAUGUGGACACAAUUUCCUAUAGCAGCGUGUCCAUUGGUCACCUAGGGACAUGAGGGUAAACAUUCUUCCGUAAUUGGUUAGUUACUAUAUAGUAGGCGGGGAUUUUGUUCAAAUUGGAGUCCCGCCGCUGAAGAAGGUAUCAAGUUUCUUCAGUUCUUCUCAAGUUGAGACAGUCGUCCAUCAUUAUUACGAGAGAUUUUUUAACUCGGCCCUUUUCACUUUAGAGGGCUUGUAUGGGUCAAAAGUGCCUUGUGGAAACGUACUUCAAGUUCUCGAUUGAUUGCCGUGACGUUUUAGUGUGUGUGUAAAGAGUGUCAUGGCAGAGUUAGCGGAUAUCGGAUUAUUCGCCGCCGUAAAGAAGAAGACUGCAGCGGGGAGAAGGAGCCGGCAGAGCCAGCAGAAGAGAAGCUCAAGCGGCCGGGUGUCUCUGGAGAAGGUUCUUGGCAUCAGCACAUCCAGCAGCAGUGGUUUGACAUCUGACCCCAACUCUGGACUCAUUGCCUAUCCUGCAGGGUGUGUGAUUGUGCUGCUCCAACCAAAGACAAACAAUCAGACUCACAUCAUCAACACUUCCAGAAAACCCUUCAGCGCUCUUGCAUUCUCUCAUGAUGGAAAAUACUUGGUCACUGGGGAGAGUGGUCACAAGCCCUGUGUACGAGUGUGGGAGGUGGGCGGAGCUCAGGUGUCUGAGGUUCAGUCACAUAAAUAUGGAGUUUCCUGUGUGGCAUUCUCUACCAACAGUUCCUACAUCGUCUCUGUGGGAUACCAGCAUGACAUGACUGUCAGUGUGUGGGACUGGAGGAAAGGUUCCAUCAUUGCCUCCAACAAAGUGUCAAGCCGUGUCUUUGCCGUCUCCUUCUCUCAGGACAACAGUUACUUUGUCACUGCUGGCAACAGACACGUGAAGUUCUGGUACCUUGACGCCUCUAAAGAACGACGGGUAAACAGCACAGUUCCUCUGAUUGGUCGUUCUGGGUUGCUAGGAGACCAUAAGAACAGCAUCUUUACUGGGGUUGCAUGUGGGUGUGGCCUAAUGGCAUCCAGCACUUACUGCAUCACCAGUUCUGGGCUGCUGUGUCUGUUCAACAGCAGACGGCAGCUGGAGUCCUGGGUCGACCUAAAGACUUCUUCUGCGAGCUGCUUGGCCGUCAGUGACAACUUCAUCUUCUGCGGUUGUGCUGAUGGUGUGAUCCGUGUAUUCAGUCCGUCUAACCUGCAGUACAUAGCCACACUGCAGCGACCACACCGCCUGGGAGUGGAUCUGAGUCAGACUGUACCACAGGGCCUUCUACCUGCCAGUCCAGGUGCUCACUACCCUGACACUUUGGCGUUGACCUUUGACCCUGCUGCCAACCUCCUGACUUGUGUCUACAAUGACCACAGUGUGUACGUGUGGGAUGUAAAGGAAGUGAGGAACGCAGCCAAGCUGUACUCAGCCCUGUACCACAGCAGCUGUGUGUGGAGCAUUGAAGUGUAUCCAGAGCUGUCAGAUGAUUCUCAGGCCUGUCUGCCUCCGUCCUCCUUCUUCACCUGUUCAUCUGACAACACCAUCAGACUCUGGCAAACAGAUGUGUCUGGUUCUGCUGCUGCAGCAGCACAGAAGAACCUUUACAGCAAUGACUUGCUGAAGAUUCUUUACGUGGGUGAGAACACACAACACCUGCAAAACGAUGGGGACAAAGGAGAGCUGCCAGGGGCUGAUGGGAAACCUGGGGUUCGAGUGUUGGGAAUAAGUCCCGAUGGACAGCACCUGGCUGCUGGAGACCGAUGUGGGAACCUGCGUAUUUUUGCUCUGCAGUUUCUUGAUGAGAUUGUGAAGAUCGAGGCUCAUAACUCUGAAGUGUUGUGUCUGGAGUUUUCACCAGCAUCUACAGGUGUGAAGUUAUUGGCAUCAGCCAGCAGAGAUCGACUGAUUCACAUCUUCAACCUGGACAAGAACUACAGCCUGGAGCAAACUCUGAACGAUCACUCGGCCUCCGUCACAGCUGUGAAGUUCACAGGGGAGAGUCCUGAGGUGACCAUGGUCAGCUGUGGAGCAGAUAAGAGCAUCUACUUUCAGACGGCAGAGCAGACGGCGGAGGGCUUGUCUUUCUCCAGGAGGCACCAUGUGGUGGAGAAGACGACUUUGUACGACAUGGACCUGGACUCAUCCCGGACACAUGUGGCUGUGGCCUGUCAGGACAGAAGUGUCAGGGUUUACAAUGUGGAAACAGGAAAGUUGAAGAAAUGUUUAAAAGGUUCAUCCAGUGAUGAAGGAUACCUGGUGAAGGUUCAGAUGGACCCUUCUGGAAGUUUCUUGGCCACCAGCUGCUCAGAUAAAAACAUUUCUAUUUUUGACUACGAGUCAGGAGACUGUGUGGCUACGCUUUUUGGACACUCGGAGUUCGUCACAUGUAUGAGGUUCAGCCAGGACUGUAGACACCUCAUCACUGUCUCUGGAGACAGUUGUGUGUUUGUGUGGCGGUUGGACUCUCAGAUGACUGCCACCAUGAGAAAGAAACAGGACCUGAAGCUGAAGGUUGCACCUCAAAUCUGUGGUCAAAAAGAGCUGAACAUCAGGAGGGAGACCUUCAUCACUGUUCCCUCCCUUCAGCUGCUGCAGAGAGAGCAGCACCAGGAGGAGCAGGAGGAGCUGAGUACACCGUGCAGACUGGACUCUGAUCAUGAAAACCCUGUGCUUCAGACCAAUGGAAAACUUCCCAUGUGGUUGAGAAAAAUGGGUCACGCCGCAGCCCCCGUUGUUGUCCAGACCAGUGAUGAGCAUCAGCAGGUGCGCAGUAAGUGGGCAAAGCAGAUCAGCCCUCUGAACAUUUGCUCCAACUGCUCCCCAAGUCCCACUCAGAGUCAUGGGGAGGUAGAGGAGGAGGGGGAGGAGGAAGAGGGGGACGAGGCAGAAUUCCAUCCUCAGAGUCUGGAGAGUAUGCUGGAGGAGGAGGAGGAAGAGGAGGAGGAAGCAGAGGUGUCAAAGGUUAAAGGUGAGGAGUGCAGAAAGUCCACCUCGUCUCCAAACAAUAGCAGCGCCACAGACCGGGAACUCAGUGAUGACGUGGUGACAAACAGCCAGCACUCUUUGGUACAGCUGGAGGUCAAAGGUCAGGUGGUGCCGCCAGUGUGGAGCAGUCAGCUGAGUCCAGACUCUGCCUGCUCUGAAGGCACAGCAGGAAGUAUGGACCAACAGCACGCCCCAGACACAGACUCACUGAGUCAGGGCAGCUCUGUGGGAAGUCUGGGUCUGGAGGAGGAUGACGACAGAAACCCCCUGGAGAUUUACUUUGAGACCCUGGCCUCCAGUCUGGGUGAAGAAAAGUUUGACACUGACCUGGCAACCCUGCAGCCCUCAGAGGAAAAACACUUCCUAAAUCCACGGCUUAGCAUCUCAGCCCGCUUCCUGUCCCGUUUCCAGGACAGACUCAGAGCUCGGCCCAGUCGUCCUCUGCAGAUCGUCUCCAUUCCAACCAGGAUCUCAGAGGAAACCUUAGAGAACACCUCGGUGAACGUUUCUCCCAGCAGCAGCGGUACGUCCAGAGGGUCGGCUCGGAAAGAGCAGAGUGGAGUGAAGAACAACAGGUCCAUCCACCUUCGAAGAGCCUCGUGUGUGAUAUCCCAGCAGCCCCCUCGUCAACCAACACGUCGACGAAGACACACUGUUGUUGUUGUCCAGUGCAGAGAUGCAGUGGGAGACAUCACCUCCAGGAACGGUGUUGUGUCUGGUGUUCAGCAGAGGUCGCCAUUGCUGGAAACAACACCCAGCCCUAUAGUCAAAAUGAGAAAAGAAGACUUGAAAGUAUCUGAAACCUUGACUAGUCUGGACCACAGCGCCACCUGUGUGAAGAAGAGCAGCAGUGUUGAUCUGUCUUCACAGAAGUCUCCGUCUUGUGCUUCUACUAAGACCCUAUGCAAGUCAAUGGCCACACCCAGCAGGGUGGUGUCACUAGGUGGAGACAGCAGGUGGAGCCCCAACAGCAAUGAGGAAACACCAACAAAUGCAAAUCAGACGAUCUCUGCAAACUUGGACCCUACGCCCACUCCCUCAUCCACCAAAUGUCACCUGAUGACCUCUGACAACCUCACCUGUCCCUCUGACAUCCCCAGCUGCUCUGUCUCCAGGCUGGACAAAGGUCAAGAUGUAGAGUCUGAGAAGCAGCUGAUUGUCCAGCAGGUGGCAGACCAGCUGAGAGAGACAACCAGACAAGCCGUUCACCUCUACCAGCAGUUCACCCUUUCACCUGAGGUGGCGCAGCAGCAUAUGCAGAUGUCAACCAUCCUAAAGGAAGCGUUUGAUUUUGUUCUCUGCGAGCUGCAGACGGUGUCACACAGUCCCAGCAGAGGUCCUUCAGAUGAACUGGGGGACAGAGGGUCACUGUCUCUCCUGGAGAAAUACUCUGAGCUGCUGGUUCAGAUGACCAGGGAGAAACUGAACCAGUUCUAAUGCACUAGAGCGGACUGUGUGCUGUCUAAACAGUUCACAUGAAGAAGAGACUGGUUUUGCAUCAGUAUUAAACCCAUGCACCUUAUUUUUGUUUUGUUUUUACACUUUCACUGUUUGUACAUAAGCCGUAGUUUUUGUGUUCCUUAAUAAAUGUUAAAAUUCAAA